AUGGCUAACAUUAUGCGUCGACUAAUUGAGCCAAGUUAUGGUGCACUUAUCAGUGUUAGUGCUAGCCAUUUGCAUUUCUCAGCGGUGCAACUUUCUUCACCAUUUGUGAAAGCACAGAAAAAAAUGGAUCCUGAAAUUGCUAAACUAAGAGAAGAGAGAAAGAGAAGAAAACUGAAGAAAGAAAUCAAACUUCUAGAAAGCUUUGGCAAGAAACCGAAACCUGUGGAGGAAUUAAUUUUUGAUAAAAAAUAUGAAGAAACUAUUAAUGAACGAAUACGCCCCAAAGUUGAAUUAAGUGAAGAUGAGAAGGAUGAGCGUGCCGCUCUGGAGAUGGAAUACAAGCGCUAUCUUAAUAAGUUAGCAGUUAUGGAUACUCGUUGGAUCGCAAAAAGUGUUCAGAAACAAGAAAAUGCUUUGCAGAAGCUCAAGAUGUUAUCGCCAGAAUUAUACAAAGCUGCCCUGGAACCUGAUGAAUGUUUUUUGCAAAAUUUUGUCUACCGAGGUCCAACACUGACGCCUCCAAUAGAAUCAUACGAGCCACCUGAUGGGCAUUAUAUCGAUGUCAGCAAAAAGUGGUUAUGUUAA